AAAAAAUUUCACAUCUUUUCACGUUUUUCAUUCUACUCACAAAUUUUCCUUGUCUUUAUUUUAUUUUGAGAUUUAACUGCAAAGCUUUUGUCAGCAUGGAAGGACCUUCAGCGAAAUCAAAUGUGACGGCAACAAAUGAAAAAGUUGUUAAGAAAAAUCGGGAAGAAAAAUUAAUGGAACAGAAAAUUGAGUCAGAAAUUGUUAAAAAAGUUCUUAAUGGCAUUGAUGAUCCGCUACAAAAGAACCAAAUCCUUUUAAAACGCUGUGUCGAAAGUGAGCGUCAGUUAAAAGUUUUACUCCAACAACAGAAGCAAAAUCAGAAAACUCUUCAGGAUUUUAUCCUUGAAAAAGACAACAUGAGUGCUGAACUUACUCGUGUCGUUAAUACAAAAUCUAAAUUAGAGAGCUUAUGUCGUGAACUACAACAUCAAAAUAAGACUAUUAAAGAUGAUAGUUUAUCAAAAAUUCGUGAGGAAGAAGAGCAUCGUAAAGCAACUCAAGCAAAAUUUCAGGAGUCACUGUCAGAGAUCCAAAAGCUCAUGAAUGAAAAUUCGGACAAAAAUAAAAAGUUAGAACAUGAUAAUCAAGAAAUGAGUCAUAAGUUUAAACACAUUUUAACUCAGUAUGAGGAGCGUGAGAAGCAAAUGGAUAGAAUCAAUAAACAGAUGGAACUUGUGACACAGCUUAAUGAAGCAAAACUCGCAAAAGCAAGUGUUGAGGCACUGGCUGAACGAGAGACAUUCUUGAAGCAAGUCAAUAUUUUAGAAGAGACUAUAAAUUUAUUAAAGAAACAGUUGGCAGAGUCUUUAAAUUCUGAAAAGAACUUAAGAGCUCAAGUAGACCUUUAUAGUUCGAAAUAUAGUGAUUUUUCAAAAACGUUUGAUGGAUAUAAAACGGACAUGACCAAGAUGACGAAGAAGACUUAUAAAAUGGAAAAAGAAAUGUUGCAGUGGAAGAUUAAGUACGAAAAAGCAAAUGCGAUGUUGUUGGAUUUGAUAAGUGAGAAGCAAGUUAGGGAUGAGCACAUCACAAAAACUGCAAAACAAUUGUUCCAUUUACAGAAAUUAUGUAGAACAUUGUCAGCAGAAAAGAAAACAUAUUACAAUAAAUUAGUUGAGUCUAGCAUCGAAAUACCAGAAGUAAAGGAUAUUCCAAAAGAGGAAGUUCCCCAAGACUUGCCACAAGAAUUGAGCAUGGAUAAAGGCCCUGAUAAGUUGGAUGAGAUGAUUAAGAGUCGUGAUGAAUUGAAGAAAAAUUUAGAGCAGUUGCAAGGACAGCUUUCAAACAUAGCCUUAUCAUCAAAUCAGACACCAGAACCGACAAAAAAAUCAAAGUCUAAGAAAUCGAAGAAAAACUCUAAAUUAUUUAAUGACAAUGAAGCAACUCCUCAAUUGCCUGAACCUGAGAAUUGUGAAUUAGAAGAAAACAAAUGCAAUCCAGAGCAUAGCAACGGAACUAUAACCGAAAAUAAUGAGGUUACUGCUCAAAGUGAUGCCUAAUAGCUUGAACCAACAAUCACUUCCAUCUCUUUUUAAUUAAAAACUGAAUCAAAUUUUGACUAGAAUAAAUUUAUAAGCAUGAAUGAUUGUUAUCUAUUCUAGUCUGCUUAUGUCACUGAUUUUCAAACUGUGAGUUAACAUUUUAGGGCAGGAUCGAACACUCUUAUGGUUUUUUUUUUUUUUUUUUGGUGUUAUGUGUACCUAAAAGUUUGAGAGUCAGUGACUAAAACAGUCAAAUGUAAAUUUUAUC